AUGUUCAUCAUCUACCUGCAGCGCGAGAACGGCGGGCCGGAACGGGUGGGAACCCUCGCACGCACCCGAGACGCGACGGAAGUGGGCUCGCUCUUCUUGAUGGGCGUCCGACCCGACAGACGCGUCAUCGGGGAGAGUGAGAGGGUCGUCGAGCUGGGUGCGAGCCUUCCCGCCCAUCCUUUUUUCUUUCGAUAUGAAUUUUUGGUGCCACCUUACUGGUAUAAACGCUGGGUCGCGCGUGGAACCUGA